AGUAUCUCGCCCACAAUUUUUUUCUUCUUACAAUUUGUAGAGAGAGAGAGAGAUUGAGAGAGAGUGAGUGUGUGUGAGACACUCCUUUCAUCUCAUACUGUUGCCGUGAAACCCGCAGUUAAACUUCUCUAUCUCACAAUUCUGUGACGUGAUAUCAUUCGUAUUCGUAGGCGCAGUGACACAAAUAUUAAAUCAAAAGGAGCAAGAAAAGCUAGCUAACCUCAUACAAAAAUUUAACGAUGGAGGGGGCGGGGGUAGAUAGGAAGAAGACGAGGAAGCCUAAAGCAGUGGUGGUAGGUGGCAGCAUAGCAGGCUUAUCCUGUGCUCACGCCCUCAUCGCCGCCGGUUGGGACGUCGUUGUCCUCGAGAAAUCUACCGGACCACCUUCAAGCAGCCUUACCGGAGCAGGGCUUGGCCUCGACCCUCUUGCUCGCCGUUUCAUCCAAUCAUGGCUUGACCAACCCCAACUCUUCCACGACUCCACCCUUCCCCUUUCCGUUGAUCAGAACAAAGCUACUGAUAGUGAGAAGAAGAUCAGCUGGACAUUGACCAGAGAUGACAAUUUCAAUUUCAGGGCUGCCCAUUGGGUUCAUCUUCAUGGCCUUCUUUACAGAGCUUUACCAUCUCAUAUUGUCUUAUGGGGCCAUUACUUCCUCUCUUUCUCCAAUUCAGAUGACAAAUCCUUUGUUAAGGUUACUGCUAAAGUUCUUCAUACUGAGGAUACCAUUGAGAUUGUUGCUGAUUUGCUCAUUGCAGCAGAUGGCUCCCGGUCUAAGAUCCGUCAGACCUUCUUACCUAGCAUUAAAUUGAGGUAUUCAGGCUACUAUGCAUGGAGGGGCGUUCACGAUUUCACAGAAGAUGAGAACUCAGACACCAUUGUUGGCAUAAGGAAGGCGUAUCCCGAACUUGGACAUUGCUUAUACUUUGAUAUGGCCAAGGGAACUCACUGUGUACUUUAUGAGCUGCCCAACAAAAGGAUGAAUUGGCUUUGGUAUGUCAAUCAACCAGAGCCUGAAUUGAAGGGGAAUUCAGUUACCAUCAAAGUAAGUUCCGAGAUGAUCAAGCAACUCCAUGAAGAGGCAGAGAAAACCUGGGUUCCUGAGUUGGCAAGGGUUAUGAAAGAAACUAAAGAACCCUUUAUCAAUGUAAUAUACGACUCUGAUCCUUUAGAACAACUCUUUUGGGAUAAUGUGGUGAUGGUUGGAGAUGCAGCUCACCCGACGACUCCUCAUGGCCUGAGAAGCACAAACAUGUCUAUAUUAGAUGCCGCUAUAUUAGGCAAGUGUCUUGAGAAGUGGGGAGUGGACAACUUGGGUUUGGCUCUGAAAGAGUUUCAGUCCAUCCAACUGCCUAUUGUUUCAAAGCAAGUCCUCCAUGCACGGAGAAUUGGUCGCAUUAAACAGGGCUUAACUCUUCCUGACCGCAAGAAUUUUGACCCGACGACAGCAACAACAGAGGAUUGCCAAGAGCUUCAGCAGAAAAACAUGCCUUUCUUUGCUGAUAUCCCUUCUUUACUUGGUUCUACUUGAGAAUUGGUCAUAUAGUAUUAUCAUCCUUUACCUCAGUUUGUUCAAUGAAUUCCAAGUUGUUAAAAGUAAGCCAUGCAUGUUGGUGCAAAUAUACUGUUGAAAGCCAGAAUAAAUAAUUAGUUGCACUUUCACUAUCAA